AUGCCGCAGCGGUACGUGGUGGUGCUGCUGACGGCAGCAUGCACCACGGUGUGCUAUAUCGAACGAGUGGGGUUCAGCGUGGCGUACUCGUUAGUAGCUAAUCGAAACCACGUGGAUCAGGCCACUAAGGGAUGGGUGCUCUCCGCGUUUUACUACGGAUACGCCCUUUCUCAGGUGCCUGGCAGUUCUGCAGCACAGCGCUAUGGCGGCCGGCGGGUGAUCACAGUGGCCUUCCUCGCCUGGACUGCCCUUUCCCUCCUAACUCCCUCCAACCCCACCUCCUCCUCCCUCACUUCCCCCUCCCUCCUCGCGCUGCUCCUCAUCCGCUUUCUAGUCGGCGCCACGCAGGGUUUCAUCUUCCCCUCCAUCCACACAGUGCUCGCCCUCUGCAUCCCACCCCAUGAAAAAUCCCGCGCCGUCAGCCUCACAAUGUCCGGUAUGUAUCUCGGGGCCGGCGCCGCCAUGUCUCUCAUGCCGGCUGUAGCGGCAGGGGAGGCGCCCUGGGGCGGCCCGGCAGCGGUGUUUCGGUGGUCAGCUGGGCUGGGGCUGCUGUGGGUGGGGCUGUGGGUGCGGCUGUUUUCAAAGGAUCCGCCAGGAGGAGGGAUGGGAAGAGGGAGCGGUGGUGGUGGUGGCGGUAGCAGUGGCGGUGAUGGGAAACCGCUGUCUCCCCGCUUACCUGGUAGUAAGCAGGAUCUUUUACAGGAGGAUAAUGUGAAAGACGGUGCGGUUGGGAGUGGUGGAAGCAGCAGCAGCUCCAGCAGCAAUAAGGGUAUUCCCUGGGGGGCCAUGAUGAGCAGCUGGGCCAUCUGGGCUAUAGUUAUCAAUAACUACACCUUUCAUUACGCACUUUAUGUGCUUAUGAACUGGCUUCCGUCCUACUUUGAGCAAGCGCUUCACACGUCACUUCAAAGCAUCGGCAUUGGCAAAUCCCUCCCAUAUUACAUUAUGAUGAUAUUUUCCAACGUUGGCGGCGUGGCUGCUGAUUUCCUCAUCACGUCGCAAUACCUGUCGAUCGCAGCUACCCGGAAGGUUCUAAAUACGGUUGGGUUCCUGAUCGGGGCUCUGGCUCUAUGCUUGAUGCCGGUUCUUUCGUCGGUUGCGGGAGCUAUAUUGUGCUCAACCAUUACGCUGGGUGCUUGUGCAUUUGCACGAGCAGGCUUCUCAGUAAACCACAUGGAUAUUGCACCACGGUAUGCGGGACCCGUUAUGGGCAUCUCCAACACUGCUGGGACAUUGGCGGGUAUUGUGGGGGUGGCAGCGACAGGGUUAAUUCUCCAAGCAUGGGCUUCGGAUAUUGAAUUUGGAUGGUGGCUAGCGUUUGUUACGCCAGCUGGACUUUGUGUGCUAAGUGCUGCAAUCUUCUGUGCAUUUGCUACAGGGGAGAGGUUGUUUGAUUAA